CAAAAUAGAAAUGUCUUAUUAUCCUGGAUACAAUCAAUACAAUGCUCCAUUAGGCUAAUCAUUAACUUAUCCUAAUACAUAUGGUUAACCAGUUUCCUAUGCUCCAGUUUAAUAUGCUACUCCAAUUCAAUAUGCUGCUGCCCAACCAAUAACAUAAUCAGUUGUACAAUCUGUAGCAGUCUAACCUAUUGUGUAAUAAUCCUACAUUACAUAACCUGUGGCUGUCUAAUAAGUAGUUGCUUAACCUGUUUAAUAAACUAUUCGAGGAGAAUCAAGAGUAGAAUACAAAGAAUAUUAAAAACAAGUCGUUGAAAUGGAAACAGAAACUAUUCAAGUUUAAGUGCCAAAAACAAAAUAUGUUACAGAUUAUUAUCCAGUUGAAUAUUAAACUGAAUAUAUACCAAGAACAGUUUAUGAAUAAUAAACAGAAUAUGUUCCUAUUACUAAAACAGUACCUAGAGUUGAAUAUGAAGCAGUUGAAAGAGAAGUUUAAAGAGUAUAUAUAAUUUUAUAAUCUUUUAGUAACAAUAAGUGGUAGUUUAGCAACCAGUUGUUUAAUAAUACAUAGCUCAACCAGCAUAAUACAUUUAAUAACCUGUUGUUUAAACAGUUAUCUAAAAACCUGUUAUUUAAUCUGUUGUUUAACAACCAUUAACAUAUUCAACUAUUAGACCAGCUUAACCCUAUAUUCCAUCUGUUUAUUAAGCUCCUGUAGCUUCAUAUCCUUAAAGUAAUAAAGAUAACAAACCAAUUUGAGCA